AUGACUGCUAAACAGCCCUUGUCAGCAGGCCUAAAACUCGCCAUUACCCCACGCUUCCUGGCGACCGGGAACAGCUACCGAUCCCUGGAGUUUGCCUUCAGGGUUGACUGUAAUAACCUAGGUCUCGUGGCGGUGCCUGUCGAUAUACCGUCCAAUGCUGCACGGUUUGAUAUCGCGCACAACAACAUCAGAAACGUUACGUACCUGCCGCCACUGCCGAAACUGAUAACACUGGACCUUCGCAAUAAUUCCAUUGAAACUGUAUCCUGGAUGGCUCUAACUUUGCCAGCUUUAAACAUACUUUUACUACAAGGGAACCAACUGAAGUAUGUAAAGAUCGGCGUCGUGCUUGCGCAUCUCCCGAAGCUGGUUUAUAUAAAUCUAAGUAUGAACAAACUUGUAUCAUUCUCUCAAUACGAACUGGAAUGGCCACCGUUGUUCACAGUAGCAAUUUCCAAAAACCCCUUUCACUGUGACUGUGACCUGUCCUGGCUGAUUAUCAAGAUGACGUGUUUAAAAGCCUGUAAGGGGGACCAACGAAAGGAGUGUUGUUCUUCAUGUUCAGCCUGUUUUCUUCAUAUGCCUCGCAACGGAAUGUUUUACUGCUCAAGUCCGACUCAGCUGCGAGGGCGCCAUUUGUCCACUGUGUCCACCGAGCUGACGCACUGUGGAACGACCCACAUCAACGGUUCGGGAACCUGUGCCACACAGACGCACUGGUUGUUCAUGACGAAAUCAAACAUAAAGCAUUCCUACGAGAACGACAGCUCAGUUGACUGUAAUAAGCUAGGUCUCGUGGCGGUGCCUGUCGAUAUACCGUCCGACGCUGGGCGGUUUUAUAUCGCGCACAACAACAUCAGAAACGUUACGUACCUGCCGCCACUGCCGAAACUGAUAACACUGGACCUUCGCAAUAAUUCCAUUGAAACUGUAUCCUGGAUGGCUCUAACUUUGCCAGCUUUAAACUUACUUCUUCUACAAGGGAACCAACUGAAGUAUGUAAAGAUCGACGUCGUGCUUGCGCAUCUCCCGAAGCUGAUUUAUAUAAAUCUAAGUAUGAACAAACUUGUAUCAUUCUCUCAAUACGAACUGGAAUGGCCACCGAUGUUCACAGUAGCAAUUUCCAACAACCCAUUUCACUGUGACUGUGAGCUGUCCUGGCUGAUUAUCAAGAUGACGUGUUUAAAAGCCUGUAAGGGGGACCAACGAAAGGACCGUUGUUCUUCAUGUUCAGCCUGCUUUCUUCAUAUGCCUCGCAACGGAAUGUUUAACUGCUCAAGUCCGAGUCAGCUGCGUGGGCGCCAUUUGUCCACUGUGUCCGCCGAGCUGACGCACUGUGGAACGACCCACAUCAAUGGUUCGGGAACCUGUGCCACACAGACGCACUGGUUGUUCAUGACGAAAUCAAACAUAAAGCAUUCCUACGAGAACGACAGCUCAGUAACGAUACCAAAGAGUGAAUCACUGGUAACGACCAGUGCUUCUACAACUGGUAAAUCUUCUAACACGAAAGAGGAAAAUAGUCACAAAUACAUCACUGUGAUUGUAGCGUGCCUGACCGUUGCCUUUCUCGCCUGCUCUGUACUGCUCACGAUAAAGAAAAGGCUGUGCUGCAAGUGGCACAAUCGCCGAGAAGCUGCAGGCAUUGGAGCAGAUCGCCAUGCCAUCAACUCACAUCAGAUCGUGCCACCGAUAGAAAGCAAUGUGUGCAACGAAACUGUUGUUGCAGAAGGUUCGAAUCCCAGACAGCCAGUUGCACAUCAGAUUGCAUUACCGAUUGAGAACACCGUGAACCAGUGCACCUCUACACAAGGCAUGGAUGAUGAAGAUUCGGUUCCCCCGGGUGAAAACCAGAGUACACCAUCACCAGAAACCAACACCAUCACUAUGACCGUCUCGGAACAGUGUGUGGAAUAUGAUUUCAUGGGUGUCACCAAAGGAGCCAUCGCGUUUCUGAAGUGA